CAAUUCCCCUUUCUCUCUCUCUCUAGCUCACUUUCUCACUGCCUCCUCUCUCUAUGAGAAGUGAGAUACCCCUCCUUGCUAAAGAAGAAGAAGAAAUAAGGAAAGGAAUAAGGAACAAGGCAUGAAAAACACCUUAAGGUGUUGCAUCUCUUGCAUUCUUCCCUGCGGAGCUCUCGAUGUGAUCCGUAUCGUUCACUCCAACGGCCGCGUCGAGGAACUCACCGGCUCCGUCAAGGCCUCCGACAUCAUGAAGGCUCACCCUAAGCACGUCCUCAAGAAACCUUCGUUCUCCUCCUCCUCCUCCGCCGCCGCCUCCGACGGCGUCUCCCCCCGCAUCGUCAUCGUUCCUCCCGACGCCGACCUCCAACGCGGCAAGAUUUACUUCCUCAUGCCUCUCCCUCCGUCCGCUGCCCCGCCGAUGCCGGAGAACAACCGCCCGAGGUCGUCGUCGGGGUCUGCGACGGCGAGGAGCAAAAAGAGGAAGGAGCACAGAGAGAAAACGAUCUGUAAUGGUCGUGCCGGUAAUUUUCUUGUCUCGUCCGAUCGUUACUUGAACGAUAUCCUGUCGGAGAAGCUCUCGACGCAGCGAGAACGAAGACGUGGACGCGUCGCCGUGUGGAGGCCUCACUUGGAGAGCAUUUCAGAGUCCAUCAUCGAUUGAUCUGUAACGAGAGCCGCGCUCUGUUCUUUAAUAUAUUUUAAUUUGUUCAAAAUCUUUCUGCUUAAUUUGCUCUCACGAGGCUUCUUCUUCUUCUUCUUCUUCUUCUUCAUCAGUAAUUAAAUCCACAUAUGUUUAGAACUCAAACUAUACUUCUCAAUCCAUUUUUCAAUUUACAGAGAACACAUGCCGUUCUGUUUUU